AUGAAAGUGAAAGAGAAGAGGAGUGGAAGAAUGAAAGAGAAUGAUGAAGGAAAGGAGGACGGGCAAGAAGACGAAGAAGAAGAAGAGGAACUAGAAGAGCAAGAGGAUGAAGUGAAGGAAGAGGAGGAAGAGGAAGAAGUAAACGAUCAAGGUGCAGGUGAAACUACAACUCCUCCUACAGGUGAGGAGAACAAAGCCAAAAAUGCUGAUGAUGGUGCUUCAGAUCCUGCCACUGCUUCUCUGGGUGACCUAGGUAUACCCAAGGCUGAACCACUUCAUAACAAGAAGGAAAACCCCUUCCUUCCUUACCUCCCCCUUGCUCCUUCCAUACUUGGUAUUUCUAUUAUGAGCUACUUACUCUGGAAGUAUUUCGGAAUGCUUCGUCAGACAAGAAAACGUUACAGAAGAGCUCCUCAAAUACGUGGUCCAUCCUUAGAACAGCAGAUUGUUGACCAUGUGCAGCAACCUGGUCCACGUGAAUAUUACAUUGUAAAGGAACAAGUCUUAAACGAAUGUCAAAAGGGGGAAUUACAUUCGACGAAGGAAGAUUAUUUCACCAUUCUUGUUCAAGAGUUUAUGGGAUCGGAAUUUAUAAAAGAAGAAAAUAUUCUUAACGAAGAGGAUGUUCAAAGUUCAAAUUCCGGGUUUAGGGAAGAAGACUCUGUUCCUAAGGAAGAUGUUCUUCAGGAACAGGUUCCAGGUUCCAAGUUCAAAUUCCGGGUUUAG